CCAACAAACCUGAGAUGAGCAACAACCCAACCCAAGGUCUGGCUGUUACCAACAACCACACUCUUCUGGAAGACAGUUCUCAUCCCGAUGAACCACCUCCUCCAUAUUCUGAGCUAGACCCAUUGAAACACAAUGAGGUCUUCACUCCAAUGUUUUCUGCUACCGGUGGUGCUAAUCACCAACAACUUCAACAAAACAAUACAGCUACUUCAGACUUAAAUGCAAACGAAGUAGAAGGGCCUGCUCCUCCAUUGCCUAAAAGACUGACAAUUGCUGUUAUGGAACCACAACAUACAGCUAAUAGCAACAGCAUAAGUAUUCAUAAUAAUACUAGUAAUAGUCCUGCUCCAAUGCAAAAUUCAGAAAAUCUUGAUUUUGAUGAUGAAAACACUCCCCCUACUUUAAAAGGGGCAUUUCCAGCUCCUCCAAUUCACUAUUCUAGAAGAAUUUUUUCUACCUCGUCAAAACACGAUGAUCCAUACCACCAGCACCCUUCACAAGUACGAACUUUACAUCCUAAUCCAACCACAGCACCACAAAACACUCCUCCUCAGACUUCAUAUUAUAAUUCUGCCAACAAUAACUAUAUCAAUAAUAACAAUAACGAUUAUAACAGGUUUCAUCAUCCAAACUGGAAUCAAAGUUGGAACCAUAAUCAAAAUUAUAACCCAAAUUAUCCGAACUGGAAUCAAAAUUGGAAUCAAAAUUGGAAUCAAAAUUGGAAUCAAAAUUGGAAUCAAAAUUGGAAUCAAAAUUGGAACUACAAUUACCCAAACUAUCAAUACUAUAACCGAAAUUAUAAUCACUACCCAUAUGGAAAUUAUAACAAUAAUAGCAACAAUAAUUUUUCAAAUAAUGAAAAUUUUGAUCCACCUGCUUUACCUCCAAGAAGAAAUUUUACAAAGUAAUAAAUUGAAUUGAAUUGAAUUUACUUGAUUUUUUUUUUAAAAUUAUUCUUAUCUUAUUAUUUUUAUCUUAUCUAAUUGUUUUUAUUCUGUUUUGUUAGUUUAUUGUUUAUGCUUUUCUUUCCUCCACCUCUUUAUUAUACUUUUUUUUUUUUGGUUUUAUUUUGCUUCGUAUUAUUUUAUUUUAUUUUC